CUCGCUAUCUCAUCUCUUAGAAUGGCUUCAGAAUCUAAUCCAAAUGGCACAGUUGCUGUUUUCUUGCCAAGUGGAGAAGGAAACAUGGACACUAAGCCAUCAGCAUGGCCUUUGAACGCCAGUGGAACACUUACCCCACCACUGCCGGCGAGUUGUGACAUGCACGAUCGUCUGGAUGGCAUCUGCUCCAAAGACUUGAAAGACGAUGACGACCGCACGCUUAUUGAUCCUGAUAUCAUUCGCGAUAUUAUCAUCGGACUUUCAGACGGCUUAACAGCACCCUUUGCUCUAGCAGCAGGUCUGUCAUCUUUGGGCAGCUCAAGAUUAGUUGUCGUUGGCGGAAUAGCUGAACUCAUGGCCGGUGCUAUUUCUAUGGGCAUUGGUGGCUUCUUAGCAUCCUCGGCAGAGCGGGAUCAUUGCCAUUACAUGCGACGCCACAUAUCGGCUCGGGUGCAACGGAGCUGCGUUAGACAAAUGGAAAGGGAAGUAUGUGCUGUACUUGUCCCCGUAGGUGUCGACGAGCAGACGUGCCAGGCGGUCACCAGGUGUCUUAGAGAUGCUGAAUUUGACCCCGAAGUCAGUGCGAACGGUUCAUUGUCAGACGAAGAAGCGCAGUUGCUGAGAUGGAAGGACCAAGUCGGUCUGACACCGUUUUUACUCAAAUUUGGAGAGGGAAUGGAGGACAUCUCGAUUCGUCGAGUAUACUCUUCGGCGCUGAUAAUUGGCUUGGGGUUCUUGGUUGGCGGAAUCAUUCCCCUCAUUCCAUACUUUUUUAUUCCGCAAGCGCAUGUAGCGCUCGUAUACUCUUGUAUUAUCACAGGCAUCGUUCUGUUGAUAUUCGGAGCUGUGAAAGCUCGGGUUACGGGUGCUGGGCAGGGUGUUGGAGGCUACAUAUGGGGAGCAGUCAGCACUCUAUUAGUUGGUGGUACCGCUGCUGCAGCAGCUUAUGCUCUUGUUGCAUGGCUGGAUGAUGCGUAGCCAUUUGCCACUUACAUCGUAUGUAAAACUUGUACAAGUCGUUUUGUGUAAUUGACAUUUUUAUAAGUUCCGCCGGAGAUUGCU